UGCAUCUCUGCUGUCGGUUCAACAAAUUCGCAAACACAUGGCAAAGUACCGGAGUAUACCAGAAAUCUGGCAUAGCAAAAAAGGAUGCCUUUGAAUUUUUGAAUUCAAUCAAUCAAAUAGUGCAGGAUGAGACGGUGUGUAAUGUUAAAAAUGCACCUUGGCACACCCUCAUUUCAUUUCAUUGUAAGUUUGCAAAAACACUUCAAUAAAAGUGUUCUGAUGGGAAUGUAAAUGCUGUUAUCUGAUUCUUUUAAUAAGCAAUGUAACCUCAAUGGAUGUGACACUGACCUGACCACAGUGCACAGGUCUGAUGUUGCUCACAGUGGUCUAAGGGACCGCUCAGGGGUUUAGUGUGUUUGCUCAGACACAUAAAAAAAUGAGAGGGAACAUUGCAAGUCAUCAUGACUUUUUGUCAAUCCGGGAUUGUGUACGUUAAGAGGGAGAUUGUGCACGUUCCCUUCCAGGCAUGAAAUGUGUCUUGCUUCCUUUAUAUUUCAUGUAAAAAUAAAAAGUCAAGUUUUUUGUUAAUUUGCUUUCUGAAAUGUACACGUGUUUCAUGUAAUGCGUGCGAUACAAACGAGUUUCAGUUUGUAAUACCCUAUCUUUUAACCUGUGAUAGCAAUUGUUGUACAUGUGAUCACAACGUAACAGUUUGACUGAGGAAAGUGGACUUCAAACUAUUUUUUGUCUGCUGAGGAAAAACAAUGCAAAGACCAGCGGCAGGAAAAGGUGAGGAAACAAAGGUGUGGCUCCACUGCCAGGUUACCGCCACUAGAGUCACACAGACAUUGAAGCAACAAGCACAGCUUUGGAUUCUUGGUCGAUCCGAUUGACUGUCAGCAGCGUCACUGUCAGCUGAAAGACCAGUCCACGCAUUUGACCAUCCUAUUUUUUCUUUUCUUUUUCUUUUUGAAGAGCUUGAUGUUUUUCGCUGCUUUGGGAAAGGAUAGACCCACUUUCAUUGUGAGGAGAGCAUAAAAAGGCCAGAAAGUGACUUUGCCACAUGUGAAAACAGGGGUUCCUGCACUCCUACCUUGCCUCCCUGCUUUCGUACCCUUGGGUCCUCCACUUUGGCCUUGUCUCCAACACCACGAAAAAAACAUACUUGACACUUUGCUUCACAUAUAGUCUCACUCUCUUACUGCAUAUGGAUUGGAGGCAUGCUCCACCGCACUGAUCAUUCUUCUCUCUCUCAGCUUUGUGCAUGUCACAUCAUGCAACUCACUGCACUUCUGGUGUUUGUGUCAAAAUAAAAGCACCAGUUUCAAAAUAAGGGUCUUUAUGUAUAAAUGAACUAAAACUUGCUUUAUGGUCAAAACAAUGGCCGUGGGCUGGAUUGGACCCCCUGACGGGCGGGUUCUAGCCCGUGGGCUGAACUAAAACUUGCUUUAUGGUCAAAACAAUGGCCGUGGGCUGGAUUGGACCCCCUGACGGGCGGGUUCUAGCCCGUGGGCCGUACAUUUGACACCCCUGAUCUACUGUAUCGAAGGCAGCCCUUGAAAGUUAUUACAGUGGUGCGAAGAAAACUGGCCGGUAUGCACGUGUCAUGAAUCUGACGGUGAUUUUGCGCAUAUACGUGAAAACAUUUCUACGCAUGUAUUCGUAAAUGUGGCCCAUUGAGUCUUAGUCACUUAUGCACAAAAACAUAAUAACAUGUUAACUCCUACAAGUUGUUUAGGUGGGUUUGGCGUUGUAUGUCAGCUUUCAGGUAGGAUAUUUGCACUUUGUCAAAUGGUUAAUCAAUCGCUCGUUGUUAUUACAGGUCAACUUGUUCAAACUAACUUUAUGUUGAGCCGUCAUGUGGAUUUAUUGACAUGGAGGUAAAAGGAAGUUCGUCAUUGGAAGUUGCACAACUUCAUAAGUGAGCUAUCUGCUCGCGAACCUGCAAAAAGGGUGAAACACUUCUAGAUUGUAUGAAACAUACAGUAUAUACACAUUCGAGAAAACAAAUUUACGAGACAUGAGACAAAUUUACAUUUUAGAAAAGAAACAACCUCACAUUCCACAACACAAAUUAAAAAAUGUCGAAACAAAUUCAGGCGGCACGGUGGCCGACUGGUUAGAGCGUCAGCCUCACAGUUCUGAGGUGCGGGGUUCAAUCCCCGUCCCCGCCUGUGUGGAGUUUGCAUGUUCUCCCCGUGCCUGCGUGGGUUUUCUCCGGGCACUCCGGUUUCCUCCCACAUCCCAAAAACAUGCAUGAAUUGGAGACUCUAAAUUGCCCGUAGGCAUGACUGUGAGUGCGAAUGGUUGUUUGUUCCUAUGUGCCCUGCGAUUGGCUGGCAACCAGUUCAGGGUGUACCCCGCCUCCUGCCCGAUGACAGCUGGGAUAGGCUCCAGCACCCCCGCGACCCUAGUGAGGAGAAGCGGCUCAGAAAAUGGAUGGAUGGAAACAAAUUCACAAUUGAUACAAACCGGACGGGAAUGUAUCAAGUAUAGGAAGUGAUAAUGAGUGCGUCAUUCCGAAUUGUUGUUGUUGAUGAUGAUGGCAUUCAUGGCAUAAACCGAACUGUACUGAGCCUGCCGAGAACCACUAAUUUUCCACAUCUUUAUCAGAGUUUGAACACUACUGAUUGGCAAUUUCAAUUGCAUCUUUAUAUAUUGUAUCUUUUUAGUUCAUUUUCCUGAUUCAUAAAGUUCAACUCCCUUUUCUCACAGGCUGUUGACAGUUAUUUUGCUUUCUCAUGCAUGGCUCAGGAGCCAGCAGUCAGUGCGGCCCUGAAGUUUAGAAACUCAUCUACUAUGUAUAGACAGACACUAAUUACAAUCAAACAAGUUAGAGCAUAUAUGUCAAACUCAGGCCCGGGGUCCAAAUUUGGCCCACGAUGUAAUUAUAUUUGGCCCGCAAGACCAUAUCAAAGGUGUAUUAGAGCUGGGCCGCCACUUGAUAGCACAUGCGCCACUAAUAUUACAAAUCCCAGAAUGCUUUGCUAGUGUGUUGGCCCAUCAGUCCAGACCGGCGAGCGCCCCUUCCCUUUCUGUUGCAGUUGUUGGCAACUAUGCUACCAGUCUCCUCGGGCAAAUUUACACUUCCCCUUCCCAAAGAUGGCCAAACGAAAGAUGGAAAACGUUUGACUUCCGAGGCAGGUGGUAGGCAGAUUAUCUGUUCACUAAAGUAAAAGACAGACCUAUUUGUUGUGUGCAGAACAACGUGGCUGUAACAAAGAAUAUAACAUAAUUGAAUUAAUGUUUUUUUUAAUGCCCGUUAUCAACUCCUAGGCAGGGACUGUUAAUCGUUUGAAGUCUGGAUUUUUAUUGAAGGACAUUCUCAUUUUUGGGGGUUAUUUUGUUGUUGGCCUUUGAAAAAAGAUUCACAUCAAAAAGCAAGGUAGUUGGAGAUAGAUAAAUACAAGAUGGAGAGACAGAAGAAUUCAUGUUAUCUUUUUAAAUACAAAAACAACAAACAAAUACCACUGAUGUCUUUCGUCGGAAAUUUGAUUUCUCGUGUAUAUAAUAUCAAAGUUUGUUUAUUCCAGAUUCAGUGUUUAAGCAAAAUGUAAGUUUACUGUCAUAUGAUAAACUUUAACGCUACAUUUCUGGAGAGAAGGGAAACAUGCACAUCGCAGUGAUUUUUCAUUAAAUAUUGAGUUUGCCCGCAACGUUGUCCCAAUUUUUUAUUUUGGCCCACUGUGAAUUUGAGUUUGACACCCCUGAGUUAGAUCUAUGGAAAUUUACACUUAAUAGCGAUUUAAACGUGUGUGUGUGUGUCAACAUAUAUAUUAUGUAUAUAUUAUCAGGCCAUAUUGAGAACUGACAAUAAAUGCUACCAUGCCAUAACAUACAUUUAAGGGACUUUAAACGUUUGACUGGGGCCAUUUGGGUGAUUUUGGUGAUCAUUGUGAUUUUAAAAAAAAAAAGGCAACCAUAAUUUUGUGAUACCAAAAUGGCCUCACCACUAUCCUUGAAUAAAAGAAGUUUUCCACAUGACCUCCCAAUAUUUCACAAAUUUUGCUAGGGUAUGUUAACCGAUGAGCAAAACUGUAAGUAAAUUAGUAUUUCCCAACCUUUAUUGAGUCGAGGCAGCCGUUUUACAUGACAAAAAUCUCACAGCACACCACCAAAUGAAAAUGUCACAAAAAGUAUGAAUACCGAAAAAAUGAUUAUCUCAUCUCAAUUCAAUUAAUUGAAACCAAAGCUGAUCGCAGUGACCAAUAACUUAUUGGCAACAGAUACACACAGGUUUAUUGUACCUUCUGCCAAAAUAUUAUGUGUCAUUAUUUGUCCUUCCUGUUACUAUAUGUUGCUGGAAUGAUAGAUGAACAAAUAUAUAUAUUGUGAUAUCAUAAAUAAUAAUUUUGGGACAGAUUUUGUGAAAUUUGAUCACUUGUUUUUUCUGUCACACUGUGUGACAUGGUACCCAAUUGGGAAUAACUGAGUUAAUAGAAGAGGGAAGCUAUUUUGUGUGGAGAGAAUUUUUGUUGUUGUCCCAUGUUAUUAAAACGGGUAUUAUAUGCAAUUGGUUUACGGGGGUUAGGAUUAUAUAGGUUUGUACAGUAUAUAACUAUUAGCACAGAAUUAUUAGUACAGGGCAGAGCUCAAUCAAUACUUCUAUUUUUACCAUAGUAUUGUUACUUCAUUAUUAUUAUUAUUAUUAUUAUCCAUCCAUUUUCUGAGCCGCUUCUCCUCACGAGUGUCGCAGGCGUGUUGGAGCCUAUCCCAGCUAUCAUCAGGCAGGAGGGGGGGUGCACCCUGAACUGGUUGCCAGCCAAUCACAGGGCACACAUAAACAAACAACCAUUCGCUCUCACAGUCACACCUACGGGCAAUUUAGAGUCAUCAAUUAACAAAAGUCAUUUGAAAGCAGUUGGAAUUGUACGCAGAUGUAAGAUUGGAAUGGGGAUCGGUACCUUGUUUGGGGGAGAGCGCCAAAGACAGAGAAGAGGGAUGAGCUGACACUGGUAAACAAAUCGAACCCAGAGCAAGUUAAAAUUCUCAUCGACAAUAUUCUGCAAGCCAUCAACAUGAAUGCAUCUCUGCCGUCGGUUCAACAAAUUCACAAACACAUGGCAAAGUACCGGAGUAUACCAGAAAUCUGGCAUAGCAAAAAAUGAUGCCUUUGAAUUUUUGAAUUCAAUCAAUCAAAUAGUGCAGGAUGAGACGGUGUGUAAUGUUAAAAAUGCACCUUGGCACACCCUCAUUUCAUUUCAUUGUAAGUUUGCAAAAACACUUCAAUAAAAGUGUUCUGAUGGGAAUGUAAAUGCUGUUAUCUGAUUCUUUUAAUAAGCAAUGUAACCUCAAUGGAUGUGACACUGACCUGACCACAGUGCACAGGUCUGAUGUUGCUCACAGUGGUCUAAGGGACCGCUCAGGGGUUUAGUGUGUUUGCUCAGACACAUAAAAAAAUGAGAGGGAACAUUGCAAGUCAUCAUGACUUUUUGUCAAUCCGGGAUUGUGUACGUUAAGAGGGAGAUUGUGCACGUUCCCUUCCAGGCAUGAAAUGUGUCUUGCUUCCUUUAUCUUUCAUGUAAAAAUAAAAAGUCAAGUUUUUGUUAAUUUGCUUUCUGAAAUGUACACGUGUUUCAUGUAAUGCGUGCGAUACAAAAGAGUUUCAGUUUGUAAUACCCUAUCUUUUAACCUGUGAUAGCAAUUGUUGUACAUGUGAUCACAACGUAACAGUUUGACUGAGGAAAGUGGACUUCAAACUAUUUUUUGUCUGCUGAGGAAAAACGAUGCAAAGACCAGCGGCAGGAAAAGGUGAGGAAACAAAGGUGUGGCUCCACUGCCAGGUUACCGGCACUAGAGUCACACAGACAUUGAAGCAACAAGCACAGCUUUGGAUUCUUGGUCGAUCCGAUUGACUGUCAGCAGCGUCACUGUCAGCUGAAAGACCAGUCCACGCAUUUGACCAUCCUAUUUUUUCUUUUCUUUUUCAUUUUUGAAGAGCUUGAUGUUUUUCGCUGCUUUGGGAAAGGAUAGACCCACUUUCAUUGUGAGGAGAGCAUAAAAAAGGCCAGAAAGUGACUUUGCCACAUGUGAAAACAGCCACAAAAUGUUGAAUGGCAGGCAAAACAGAAGAUGCAGUGCUACACGGCCUUACUGUCUUUUCUUCAUAUUGCCACUGGCAGCAGUUUUGUUUUAUUACAGAAUAAACAUGGAGGACAGUGCAAUUGAUUGGAGACAUAAAACCUGGAUGCAAUAUAAUGCAACAAAGUGGUGGAGUGGGCUGAAAAGUGGAAUCCGUGAAAAGAUUUCUCUCAUAGGAGUUAAUUGGAACCCUUCUGCCCAGGACAUGAAAACUGGACAAACGAGUGAACCAAGUCAGCUUGAAACUCAGCAGGUUGCAGAAAAUCAGCCGACCCCUGCAUGCCUGAGCCCAUAUAUUGUGGCGUACCCCUCUGAGUAUCACUUUAUUAUAAAUGAGCCCACAAAAUGUGAAGAGCAGAAACCUUUUGUGGCUCUGAUGGUUCCUGUGGCGCCCCACAACAGGCGUCAUCGUGACAUUAUCCGCAACACAUGGGGAGGGGAAAGUGUGGUGUUGGGGAAGGUGGUCAAUGUCUUCUUUCUGAUGGGGCUGCACACUGGGGAACCUGUAGAGGAGCUUGAAGAACAUUUGCAGCAAGAGAGCAAAGAGCAUGAAGACUUGAUCCAGAGCAAUUUUCUGGACUGUUACAAUAACCUGACCAUCAAAACCAUGGUGAUACUAGAGUGGCUCAACUCCUACUGCUCCACUGCCACUUAUGCCAUGAAGAUCGAUUCAGACACGUACCUCAGUGUCAGAAAUCUCAUUACCAUGUUGUCAACUGCUCCAAAAACAAACUACAUGACUGGACUUGUGGCCAGAGAAGCAGCAGUCCUGAGAGAUCCCACCUCCAAGUGGUAUCUCCCAGUGAAUAUUUACCCGAAACCUCUGUAUCCACGUUAUGCUCUGGGUCUGGGUUAUGUUCUGUCUAUGGACCUGCCUAAAAGGCUUGUGGAAGCUACCAGACAUGUCAAAGCCAUUUACAUUGAAGAUGUGUACUUGGGCUUGUGCAUGGAAUACCUGGGCAUCCCUCCCACAGACCCUCCAAAUUGGGAUUACUUCCAUGUCUUCCCUGUGCCAUACAAUCGUUGUGCUUAUUCCAAACUUGUUGUCACCACCUUAGAUGGAGAUACCAAUCUCACGUGGGUUUGGAAAGACUUACACAAAGCAGGGAAGGCCUGCUGAUCUGUCACAAUAUGAUUUGCACUACUAUUUUACAGUAUAUGAAAAUGCUCUUAUGACCUUUGUUUUCUCUUUACAUUGAGCACAUCAAAAGGAAUCAGUAUUUAAUAUGUGCUCAGAUUUGACAAAACCAAAUGGUCUUGUUUUGCCUCAUCAAGGGUUAUCAUCUCUAUUAUCUUUCCGUGCAAUUGAACUAUUAUGCAUACAUUAUUAAUAUCAACAGUUUAUAUACAUUGUACAUAUUGUGUGUAUUAAAAUUCAUCUAUGUAUCGUUGUAUACUGUGACACUGUCAAUAAGAUUAUAGAUUUCACUUUACACUAAUUGUACGAAUAUUACUUUACCAUAAUUACACUAUCUAUAUCUAUUUUAUCGCUGUCACACCUUGCCACAAAUUAGGCAAACAGGUUUGCCUUUUACAUUCCAAUUUAAUUAUUUUGCAUCCACCUUCCGCCUAAUAUCUGAAAUGUUGUAAUGACCAAUAAACAAGCAGGACAAAACUAUCAAGACCUUAUUGUUAAAUCAGCCUGAUCUCCUCUGAAGUUCACAUUUUUAUUCAUGUAGUCGCUGACGUUUCUGAUUUUGUCGACUGGGUGAGUGACAAUAACUUGGACAAAAAUGUGUUUGCUGCUUUCUGUGGCGUUCAAAGUUUUAAAUUGUACAUUACAACAAUUUGUGUAGAAAUUUACAAAACGUUCGCCUCGUUAAUGAAUGGACAAUUUGAAUAAGUACAUUGCUAAAAUGUAACUAAUACAUGUAAGUUCAGAGCUCAAACAGUAGAGGACAUAUUCACGCCACUGUAUACAUGACGCCAAGCAUUACAGCUCUUGUGUUUUUAAAGAUGUGUUUCAACACGUCUCUACCUUGAACAACCUGCAUUUAAGAAACGCAGACAUCACACGUCCUGCCGUGACUCUCAGCAUUUUGCACUCACUGAAUAGCAGGCAAGUAACUUUAUAUUCACAGGGUAAAUGCAUGGUCGUACUUCCUGCUGAACGUCAAAGCCAAGGUGAGAAGCUCAAAAAUGAAUGAAUGAAUAUAUUGGUUAGCUUUUAUUUUCAGCAGACGAGCAGUCCUUCUGUUAUCUGAUGGAAACAUCUGCAUGUUGCAACAAGCCCCUACAUGUUUUGUUUGCAUCAGAUGUACAGCUAGGAGGGUGGAGCAAUGAAGACUUGGCACAUUAGCGGGAC